AUGGCCUCCUCCCGGUUUUACAACAUUAUUUUGUUAACCAUUUCUUGUUUAUGCGUUAACCUGAUGACCCUUCCUUCGUUUGUUCACUCCCAAGAAACAGGCACUGCCACCUUUUACACUCCGCCCUAUCAGCCAUCUAGUUGCUACGGUUUCGAGGAGCAAGGAGUGAUGAUAGCAGCAGCAAGUGAUGCCAUAUACAACAAUGGAGGAGCAUGUGGACAAAUGUACCAAGUGAGUUGCUUGAGUGGGACAAACUUAGGCACCCCAAUGCCUUGUUUGGGUGGCUCUGUUACUGUCAAAAUCGUUGAUCACUGCCCACCUGGGUCCUGUAGGGGUACUAUUGACUUAUCACAAGAGGCCUUUGCUUCCAUUGCAGAUCCAGCUUCUGGGGUUAUCAACAUCUCUUACCAACAGUAUGAACUUACUUAUCUUAUCACUUCUUUCCAGGUCUAA